CGAGGAGCGUCCUAACCGCUCGUUAUUCUUCACACAAGGACCUGCUUGUUGAAUCCACUCCAGUGUGGCAACUGAAGUGAAAGUCUAUUCUGUGUCUUGCAGAGGAAUCAGCAAAAUCAUUUUGAGGAUAAUGGCAUCUUUUGGGCUUGAUCUCAGGUGAUUCUUCGAAACAUUACUUGAAGCAACAAGAGUGAGAGGAGACAAAAACAACGUGGAAGGAAUAGAUGUACACUACCCACUGAAGACUUCCAGGAGACAACUGAUGGUGGAACUAUUAUCUCGGGGACAUGCUCUCAGUUUGGGGAUGGAGCCAGGGAAAUCUGUCUUUGAUCAGGGGAGUACCAGGAGGUGGAGAGAAAACAUGUAAGGUUUUUUAUUAUUAUUUUAUUUUAAUGAAAAACAAUUAGGUGUGCAUUUAAAGGCACCUUCUGAGACACACUGCAAGAAAAGGAAAUCCUGCAAUGGCUUUUGAAUAUGAAGACUGACACAAAGAGCAGAUCCAUUCAUGGCCUACAGAUGAAUUGGUACUCCAUCACAUGCACUGUUCAGGGUACAUUUCCAGAGUGUACCUACCUAGUGGAUUCCUUGCUUUUCCACCACCACUGACCCUAAAAAUGGACACAAUUGCUUCUAAUGUUGAGAGGCUUUAAAAUCAACCUCUGCAUUUUUCCAAGGCUAUCUAGUGGUUUUCUGGGUGAUGAUAAAGUCAUCAGUCUGAACCCCUGUGGAGAAAUGUCGGACUUUAAGAUGCAAGCACCUGUUGGAAGAGGAUGUAUGAAAGACUGGUUUUCAAAAACUACACCAGUCUACCGCAGACAGCCAGAUCCUGUCUGUUUUUCUUUCCUCCUCAUCUCUAUCUUCCUACUACUAUUCUCGCUGGUUACACCCACUCUCUCCAUUCAUAUGGAGGCCAUAGAGAGCCACAGUGAGUUUACUUGUGAGCCCAUCAGACUGAGAAUGUGCCAGGAUCUGCCUUACAACACCACCUUUAUGCCCAACCUACUGAAUCACUACGACCAGCAGACAGCCGCAUUAGCCAUGGAGCCUUUUCACCCCAUGGUAAACCUAGUGUGCAGUGCUGACUUGAGGAUGUUCCUGUGUGCCCUGUACGCCCCUGUGUGCACUGUGUAUGGCCGGGUGUCCAUGCCGUGUCGAUCCCUCUGCCAGCGGGCCAAAGACGAGUGCCACAAACUCAUGGAGAUAUUUGGAGUAGUCUGGCCAGAUGACAUGGAUUGUAGCAGGUUUCCAGAUUGUGAUGAGCACUACCCUCGUCCACAGGACCUGCUAACAGGCUCUGACCCCACUGACCAGUCAUCCAUGACUGUCCAGAGAGACUAUGGUUUCUGGUGUCCCAGAGAGCUCAAGGUUGACCCAGACCUGGGUUACACUUUCAUGGGCAGGAAGGACUGUUCUGCCCCAUGCCCCUCAAUGUUCUUCAACCAACAGGAGCUGACGUUCACCCGAUACUUCAUAGGAGUCGUCUCCAUUGUCUGUCUGUCCGCAACACUCUUCACCUUCCUGACGUUUCUCAUUGAUGUUACCAGGUUUCGAUACCCUGAGCGUCCAAUAAUCUUCUACGCUGUGUGUUAUGUCAUGGUGUCGCUGGUGUUUUUCCUUGGUUUCCUGUUGGAAGACAGGGUAGCGUGCAAUGCAGUCAGCCCUUCUCAGUUCAGAGCUUCAACCAUAACACAAGGCUCACACAACAAGGUAUGCACCCUGUUCUUCAUGGUCCUGUAUUUCUUCACCAUGGCCGGCAGCGUGUGGUGGGUCAUACUGACAAUCACUUGGUUCCUGGCUGCUGUGCCUAAAUGGGGCAGUGAGGCCAUAGAGAAGAAAGCCCUCCUCUUCCAUGCUGUUGCCUGGGGGCUCCCAGGGGCCCUUACUGUCACCCUGUUGGCCCUGAACAAAAUUGAGGGAGAUGGGAUCAGUGGAGUGUGUUUCAUAGGGCUCUAUGACAUAGACGCCCUGAGGUGGUUUGUUCUGGCACCACUCUGCCUCAAUGUGGCGGUGGGUGUCUCUCUUCUGUUAGUGGGCAUUGUGGCUCUGAAUCGGGUGCGCAUGGAAAUCCCUCUGGAGAAGGAAAAUCAGACCAAACUAGUCAAGUUUAUGAUCCGAAUGGGAGUGUUCUCGGUGCUCUAUCUUGUCCCCUUGUUGACUGUGAUUGGGUGCUACCUGUACGAACACACCUACCGUAACAUUUGGGAGACAACAUGGAUGGAGGAGAACUGCAGGCGCUAUCACAUCCCCUGCCCAUACAAGGUGGAGAAAACCAGUCGGCCAAUCAUGGUUUUGUUCCUAAUUAAAUACCUGAUGAUGCUGGUGGUGGGGAUUCCCUCUGUUUUCUGGGUGGGCAGUAAGAAGACCUGUUUUGAAUGGGCCAGCUUCCUGCAUGGACGCAGACGCAAAGACAGUGGAGUGAACGAGUCUCGCCAGGUGCUGCAGGAGCAGCCAGACUUUGCCCAGUCUCUACUGCGUGAACCCAACACACCCAUUAUUAGGAAGUCCAGAGGAACAUCCACUCAGGGCACCUCCACCCACGCCUCCUCUACCCACUUGGCUGUCCUAGACGACCUUGAUGAACCAGCCAGAACUCAUCAUGGCCAUCCCACCUCCACCAGGAGUAAAGCAAGCAGCGUCCACAGCAAGGCCAGCUACCACGGCAGCCUGCGCCGCAAUCGAGACGACAGGAGCGAUACUAUGGUUUACCGAGGUACCGAGGCGCGCAGUUUCCAUGGCAGCAUGCCACGUCUUGACCACCCGCUCUCCACUCACAGCAGCCUCCAUCAGAUAGAUGGCCACUCGAGGCACAGCAGCCAGCAAGACGUAUCUGAGGCCCCACCUACUCUCAUCACCCACGGAACCACAGCAAGUGACAGCCGAGUUCCUGAGAAUGACGGCACAAGCGCCUGAGAGAAGUCUCAAUUUUUACAGGAAACUAUUGUCAGUAAGCUGUAAAUGCCUUUCAAAGGAGGGUUUGCUGCCUGCAGAUGCACACUUGCCUGUUUAGUGUGUUAAUGUAUGAAGAUGGAGAAUGUACCAGUGAGUGCUUUAGUGGUGACAGUUGGUGUUACUCACUGGUCAGUUGUUAGCUGUGUGGUUACUGACUAACACAGUUCAGUCAGUGAACAUAAUCAAUAUUUUGUAGAUUCAGUUAGGUUUCACUGUAAGCCGAACAGGUAUGUUACCAUAUUUGAAUUUACAAAAUUUUGGUAAACUAGACUAAAACUGACAAUUCAGAAAGGGAGGUUGAUGUAUCUCAUGGACAAGAACAGUUACAGUUUCCUGCAGGUGUAAUGUGGAUGAUUUAUCAGAUCCUGGAUUUGGAGGUUGGACACCAGUUUUGAAAGCGUCAUGACCUGUCUGACGGUGGCAUUACUUCCAAAUAAUGAUCCUGCAUCAUCUUGCAGAAGCUACGUGAAUAUUAUUAAAUGUGUGAACAGUGCUAAGUACUGCUUUUAUAACAAUCUUAAAUGGUUUGUCCUCUCCCUUGGUAAUGUGUCACAUGAAACUUUGACUUAUUUCAGUCUGAUCUAAUUAUUCCCAAUCCUCGUUUGUCUUAGACUGCAGCUCUUAAUGAAUGAUGUUUAUCUUUGUGUGGCUUUAGGGACUGACAAAUAUGGGCCUAAUGUGACAAUGUGGACCUCUCUGUACUUUAGUGAAAUAUUUUCAUACUGUGAAAAUCAUUUGUUGACUGCUGAAAGCUUCACUGUGUGUGUGUGUGUGUGUGUGUGUGUGUGUG